GGGUCUUUACAUAUCGCAGCGCGACGCUCCUUUCGCAGCCGGUCGACCAACUCCAGGUGCUUGCUCGCGCUCUUCGCUCUUUGCCUCCGUUCUCAGCACUAUCCUAUACUAUCCCGGACUGUUUCUCUAACACAUCCUCCCCGCCAUUCCUGCGUGCAUUCAUGCAGGACAUAACCAACAUGCAGCGGGUGGUAUCCCUCGUCGUGAUCGGAGACAUUAUAUGUCCCUGGUGCUACAUUGGGGAGAAAGAGAUGGAACGCGCCAUUGAGGCCGUCAAGGAUCUCCCCAUCACUAUCAAAGUCGAACACAGACCGUACCAGCUGCAGCCGUCAUUACCGGAGGAACAGGCGCUGGUCAAGCGCGAAUGGUACCUCAACAGAUUCGGCAAGGACAAGUUUGCAUCAUUUGAGCAGAUGGUUACCACUCGGGGAACCCAGCUUGGGCUCAACAUCAAUUAUUCCGGUACAAUCACUCAGAGCACCCGCGCACAUCGUCUCAGUCUGAAGGCUCUGAAGCUGGGCGGGCAACACAUGCAGGAAAAGUUCUUGAACAACAUUCACAAGGCAUACUUUGAGGACGGAAACAACAUUGGCGAUUUUGAGCUUCUUGGUGAGCUGGCGCAGGCAAGCGGCAUCAUGUCUAAGGAAGAGGCAAUCAAGUUCCUCGAGUCGGAUGAGUGCCGGGGAGAUGUCGUGGACAUGAUGGCGGAAGCCCGCAGGAAAGGCGUGACCGGCGUCCCAUUCACAAUUAUCGACGGUCGCUGGGCGGUCAUUGGUGGACAGACCGCGGACGUGUACAUCCAGAUUUUCAAGAAGCUCGCACAGACUGAGAAAGUGACACCUUUGUCUCAUGUCAGCCCAGGACCGCAUUGCUCAGUUAAAAAUUGAUCUGAUUUGUAGGGUGCGCCACUGUGAUGAUCGUGGCUUCGCAUCGCCUGAUUAUUCCGAGGGAAGUUGAUUAGAGGACGGAUGGUGAUCGAUUGACUUAUAUACCGAAG